AUGGCCGCCACCACGAGCUCUCUCCUCGACCAGGCCCAUGACGGCGAUGCGUGCGCCAUCGCGUCGCUCCUCGCCGACGUCAAGCUCCACGGCCUCACGCCCGAGGUCGCCGGUCCGUCCCUUCUCGUCCUCGCAGCCCGCGCGGGCGACCUCGAAGCCGUCGAUAGCUUGCUGGUAGUGGGACUUGAUGUGAAUGCGAUCGUGGCCCAGGACACGACCCCGCUCAUCACCGCAGUGCAAUCCGAGCAUACCGAGAUUGUACGAUCGCUUUUGCGUCACGGCGCCGAUCCCAAUGUAGCGCCGCCUAGCGGAGUCACGGCGCUCCAAGAGGCGUGUCGACACGGUCUCACCGACAUUGUGACGGCGUUGCUCGAGCACGGCGCCGACACGGAAGCCUGUGCCGACAACGGCAACACGGCGCUCAUGCUCGCAACUCGCCGCGGCUGGGACGACCUCGUUACGUACCUCGCGCCGCGCUGCAACGUCAACGCAGUCGCUGCGCACGGCUAUUCGGCGGUUGCCAUCGCAGCGGCGGCCGGCAACCUUGCGCUUGUCCACGCUCUGUACUCGGUCGGGGCGCACCUCGCGCCUUCCAAGCCCGAGCACGAAGCUCCCCUCGAGGCCGCUUGCGCCCAAGGGCAUCUGGACGUUGUACGUUUCCUCGUCCAGCACAUCAAACACGAUGUCGACCGUAUCAACGCCGAAGGCACGACGGCGCUGUAUGCAGCCGUCGUACAUGGUGCGGGUGACAUUGUCGCGUGCUUGCUUCCGCACGCCAACGUCAACCGCGUGCUUUCGACCGGGGCAACCUAUUUGUGUGCGGCCGCCUUUGACGGCCACACGGCGAUUGUCGAGCAGCUUCUUGCGAACGGCGCGGACCCAAGCCUUCCAGAUGGGGAAGGCAACACACCGCUGUUACAUGCUGUCGCGCAGCACCACGUCGAUAUCGUUGCACUACUCUUGCCAGUGCUCGAC